UACCCCAUGCACGCAACAUUCUAUCCAUGACAGCAAACCCCACCGGAACAUGCGAAAAGAAGCGAAUGCCCCCACAGAUCCAAACUAAAAACGCAAGAGGUCACCGCCCACAAUAAGUGUACCAAGAAGACAGAGAUAGACGCAGACAGAAAACAGGGAAAGAUGACAACGGAGAAGCAACAAGUCUCCCCAGAGCACGAAGAGGACGCCGUGGGCCAUGAAGACCAGCAAGUUGUGACUUCUGAGAGUGUUUCCUGUGACCAUGUCGACGAUCAGGAGAAGGAAGAAGAGGAGGAGACGGUGCUGGAAAUGAUUGUCAAACACAAAUGCAAGGUGAAAGAACAGCUAGACUCUCCUGUGGAGGAACAACAACAACACGUAGUCAAAAAGGACUCCGUUGAAAAGGAGGCUGAACUGAGAGCAACCAGUGCCUCUUCUGUAACUGCAACGACAUUAUCGACACAGCAACAGCAAGAAGAACCGAGGCUGAAUGCAACACAGGUGGGAGCAGUCGCAGUAUCGUCAUCACGGGCGAUGGAUCCCACCGCCGAUGGUCUGGAUUCGAGCCAAGAAGACGAUGGCGAAGAAGACAACCAUACUACGGACGAUUUGGAAGCCAAUUUGGUCGAAGCAGAGCUUGUGGAAUCACGGGAUGUCGUAGUGGCUGUGGCGGCUCCUCCUCCUGAAAAGAAGAAAUGGAUUUACCUUGCCACAGGCUUGUUGGUUGUCAUUGUGAUUGUCCUCGUUAUCAUCAUGGCAACCACACUGUCUCGUGGUGACGAGAAUACCGUACCACCACCCACUCAACCACAGGAACAAGACCAACUAAGUGUAGAUUCAACCCCCAGCGAUGAUGAUACUACUACUCAAGAUUCGUCCACUACAGGUAUUGUGCAAUGGGGCAACACCAUUAUCGGAUCGGCGGCAUACGAUCGCUUUGGAGAAGCCAUUGGAUUGUCGGGAAGUGGUUCGAUUGUGGCCGUGGCAGCUCGCAACAAUGGGAAUGUCGGCUUUGAGUCGGGACUGGUACGAGUCUUUCAGAGCGCUCGCAGCUCCAACAACAACAAUACGGUGUGGGCACAACUGGGCAAUGCCAUUGGAGGGGAAAACCCAGGAGACCGUUUUGGCUUUAGUGGUUUGUCCUUGUCCAAAGAUGGACUCCGCGUGGCUGUCGGAGCGCCCUUUCAAAAUGUCACUACAACUACGCAUACUGGCAGCACUACUAUUACUUCUAUCUUGCCCCAUGUCGGCAAUGUUCGUGUGUUUGACUACGUCAGUAGUACACCCAAUUCACAAUGGAAACAAGUCGGACCUUCAAUGGAAGGAAUCCACGCAGACGAAUGGUUCGGUCGAUCCGUGGUCAUGUCGGAUGAUGGGCAGUUCGUGGCAGCCUGUGCCUAUCAAGGCAGCAACGAAAACGGCGAUGAAAACGCGGGAAACGUUCGCAUCUUUCGACAUGUGGCCAAUGACAGCAAUGCAACAACCACGUCCUCGUCGUGGGAACAAGUAGGACAAACCCUUCAUGGACUUGGAACAUUGGAUCGUCUCGGUAGAUCACUGGCCAUUUCGGCCAAUGGGUACCGUGUCGCUGCCGGGGCCAAUCAAUUCAAGAAAGAACCCAAUGGAACUGGCUACGUCCAAGUAUUCGAUUUGAUAGAACACGAAGAUGACGACGAUGAGCAUUGGAUGCAGGUGGGCCAAACAAUCUUUGGUGAUCACGAUCAAGAUGUCAUGGGGCGAGAAAUCGCCCUAUCGUCGGAUGGAUCCAUUCUGGCUUGCAGUGCCAGCCUCAACAGUGACAAUGGAGAGGACGCUGGCAUGGUGAGAGUCUAUCGUCAUCAACUUGGCAGUGAUAGUGAUGCAUGGCAACAACUGGGACAAACCAUUCUCGGUAACCAGGCCGGAGAGCGAUUCGGCGAAAGCCUCUACCUUUCGGGGGACGGAACCCGUAUUGCCAUUGGUGGAACGGAGAAACAAACAGGAGAGGGUGUCACACGUCUCUUUGACUACGAUCGAGAAACAGAUUCAUGGGUCCAAGUGGGCCCUGACUUGAAUGGAGUUGCCGUGGGAGAUCGGUUUGGAGCGGAUAUCCAAAUGUCUACUGAUGGAUCAUUCUUGGCCGUCAGCUCUCCCUCCAGCGAUGCCAACGGUGAGGAUUCCGGCAUUACACAAGUCUUUGACUUGACAGCUCUGUAGAACAAUGGAAUGGCUGGCGUAACCAGAUAAAGCCCCCGACCCCAGAAAUAGAAACUGUAAAGUUGGUCGAUCUUGGUCAACUCUUCCGAAAAGAACCUUGCUAUUCAUGCAAUAACUGUAGCUGUCAAUAUAGCGGUGGCUUGCUGGCU